GGCAUAUAGUCAGUUUAUAUACUUGACAGUCCGGUGAACAAAAACGCGGGAAAGAUAACAGCUUUGUGAUUGGCUAAAAUACUGGUAAUGUGUUUCCAGUCUUUCUUGUUAUUGUUGGUACGCCUCUCACUUGUCCUGUUCGUCGUAAACAUUUCGUAAAUGAAAUUUUGCUGGUAUAGUACGAUCAGUUUAAAUCUAGGACGAAGAUGUGGCGCCUUUCGAAAGCUUUGAAGGCAGCCAGAUUAGGAGCACUGAAUCGCUCGUCUUCUUGUCUGUGGAACAGCACUCGUCACGAAUCAAGCACUUCCAAAGAUUCGGACGUGAGGGCUGAAGUUCCUUACAAGACUCUACAGACGGAUGACAAACAAGCUCCGGAUACUGUCCCAGCAGAAGCUGAUGUGGUCAUUAUUGGUGGAGGAUCUGUAGGAGCAAGUACUCUCUAUCACCUGACCAAACUUGGUGUCAACAAUGCUGUCUUGUUGGAACGUGACCAGUUGACAUCUGGAACAACCUGGCAUAGUGCAGGUCUGGUAUGGAGGUUGAGACCUAGUGAUGUAGAAGUGGAACUGCUUGCACACACAAGAGAACUUGCAAGAGAUGUUUUGGACAAAGAGACAGGAUUAUGGGCUGGAUGGAAUGAAAAUGGAGGCUUGUUUAUUGCCAAUAACAAAGAAAGACUAGAUGAGUACAAGAGGUUGAUGACACUUGGGAAGGUAUAUGGUGUGGAGUCAUUUGUUCUGGGACCCAAAGAAUCCAAAGAAUUGUAUCCAUUGUUAAAUGUGGAUGACUUGUAUGGAACACUGCACAGUCCUGGUGAUGGGACCAUUGAUCCUGCUAGCUGGGCCACCACACUUUCAAGAGCAGCUAUAAUGAAUGGUGGCAAGGUAUUUGAGAACUGUCCAGUUACAGGAAUUCAGACUGAAGUCAAUGACCUUGGAAUUAAGCGUGUCUCAGCUGUGCAAACUCCUAGUGGUACCAUCAAAACAAACAAUGUUGUCAACUGUGCUGGGGUGUGGUCACCUUAUAUUGGGGGAUUGUGCGGUGUCAGUGUUCCUCUGGUUGCCAUGUACCAUGCUUACAUUGUAACGGAGAGGAUUGAGGGAAUACAGAACAUGCCCAACGUGAGAGAUCAUGAUGCGUCAGUUUAUCUCAAACUCCAAGGUGAUGGACUUUCUGUUGGAGGCUAUGAAUAUAAUCCAAUAUUCUGGGAUGAGGUCAGUAAUAAAUUUGCAUUUUCCCUCUUUGAUCUGGACUGGGAUGUAUUCAGUGCUCACAUAGAAGGCGCAUGUAAUAGAGUACCAGUAAUAGCAGAAACUGGUGUCAAAUCAACUGUGUGUGGACCAGAAUCAUUCACAGCCGAUCAUAAACCAUUGAUGGGUGAAGCUCCAGAGCUUCGUGGCUUUUAUCAUGGCUGUGGAUUUAACUCAUCAGGUAUUAUGCUUGCGGGAGGGUGCGGUCGAGAGUUGGCACAGUGGGUGGUUCAUGGCCACCCAGAACUGGACAUGUAUGGAUAUGAUAUCAGGCGUUUCCAUUCAUCAAUUACGUCCAAUCAAAAAUGGCUGAGGGAAAGAAGUCACGAAUCCUAUGCAAAAAACUAUUCAAUGGUUUUUCGCCAUGAUGAACCGCUUGCUUCUAGAAAUAUGCGAUGUGAUCCUUUUCACAAGAUCCUCUUGGACAAAGGAUGUAUUUAUCAGGAGCGACAUGGCUGGGAGAGACCAGGCUGGUUUGUUCCUGAUGCAGUACCUGAGGUAAAGAAGUAUGAUUACUAUGGAGCUUAUGAUGUUAAAAAACACCAAGACUAUAAAUACAAUGAACUGCUGGGUCAGGACUACACCUUUGACUUUCCACCUCAUCAUGAUAUUAUUGGAAAAGAAUGCCUUGCAUGUCGAGAAAAAGUAGCUGUUUUCAACAUGUCAUACUUUGCUAAGUUUUAUUUAACUGGCCCUGAUGCUCAGAGGGCUGCAGACUGGAUAUUCACCAAUAAUAUGGCAAAACCUCCAGGUGCUACUACUUACACCUGUAUGACAAACAAAGAUGGGGGUGCUGAGGCUGAUAUCACUGUCAGUGUCUUGGAGAAUGGCGAUGGUUCAAGUAUUGUAAAACCACAAUUUGAGGGUGAUGGAUUUUACAUUGCAGUCGGUGGUGGAAUAGGUCAGCAUGGUUGGUGUCAUAUCCAAAAUAUUCUUCAAGACAAACAAUAUGAUGUCAAAUUUGAAGAUAACUCAGAGAAAAUGGGAAUGCUGAGUAUACAGGGACCGAAAAGUCGUGAGUUACUCCAGUGUCUGACCUCAGCAGAUCUUAGCAAUGAGGCCUUCCCUUUCUCCACUCACAAAGUCAUCAAUGUUGCUGGCCAUGAUGUUCGUGCUCUUAGGAUCACUUUCGUAGGUGAACUUGGUUGGGAGUUACACAUCCCCCGUGACUCAUGUGUGCGAGUUUAUGAAGCAAUCAUUGAAGCUGGAAAAACGUUUGGUAUUGUAAAUGGUGGCUACAGAGCUUUGGAUUCACUCAGUGCAGAGAAAGGUUACAAACACUGGCAUCAGGAUUUACGACAUGACGAUACUCCUCUGGAGGCAGGAUUGGGUUUCACUUGCAAACUGAAGUCAGAUACCCCAUUUCUUGGAAGGGAAGCCCUUGAACAGCAGAAAGCUGAAGGUCUUAGGAAGAGAUUAGUAUGCUUCACCAUUGAAGAUCACAAGGCUCUUCUUGGUCUUGAAGCAAUAUGGCGCGAUGACAAAGUUGUUGGCUUCAUCCGAAGAGGAGAGUAUGGUUAUGCAAUAGGCAAGAGCAUGGCUUAUGGAUAUGUUAAAGAUCCUAGUGGCAACCCAGUGACCACAGAGUUCUUAAAGUCAGGCAAAUACAGUAUUGAAUCGAUGGGGGAACUGUUUCCUGCACAAGUACACAUCAAAGCACCAUUUGAUCCAAAGAAUCUUAGAGUACAAGGAAUUUAUAGUUAAUGUAAUGUAAUGGAGUGUCAUAGCUCUGCGCACUGAAGCAGAAGUGUAACACAAGAGUCCUUCAAACAGUGAGCCAUGAUUUUGACAGCGUUCAAGUUUUAAUAAUUAAAACAAAAACAAUGCUAAUUUUCCUCACUUGUCUUCAUACUGUUUUGAAACUACUAUUUUGGAGAAAUUAACUAUAUAAUUCUAUAAAUGGCAGACUGAUGAAAAUUUCUCUUUUGUCAUGUUUAUUCUCAAUAAUGUAAAUAAGGUACAGAGAAUUUGGGCAUGAAGGAUUUGGACCAAAUUGGUUCUGCAUGUGUUGUAGGAAAUUAGAAGUACACAGUGAAGAAUUUGUAACUUAAAUAACAAUGUCAUUGAUGUAAAAUGUUGAAACAGUAAGCCAAAACCUUUCUUCACUCUUCCUUAAUUUAACAAACAAUCAUUGUUUCUUUUUGUUUGAUCAGCACCUCUUUAGUGAAUUAGUUAGGAAACUUUUUUUAGAGUUUAGGAAAUCUCAAAAUCUUUGUAUGCUCUACAUGCAAACGUUUGAGUUCUCUUAGUCUUUGACUAUAAUUACUGCAUCUGUCAGGUCUUACAUCUGAGUUUGUGCAAUUACUUCUUGAGAUGAGAACACUUAAAUUUUGUAUUUACUUUCAGUUAGAAAACUGAAUAAUAUAGAUAAUGUUAACCUGGUUCAUAGCAAAGCUUGAUUCCAUGGGUACCCAAUUAUUUUGAGACAUCUCAUUUUUUUUACUCUCAAUGGAAAUGAUAAGAUCUAUUUAACAGAUGAGCAAGUUUAGGUAGCGUGUGAAAAUGUACUGAUUGAAAUAAAAUGAAGAAUAUAAGAAAUAUUGACUUGUGUUGUACAACAAUCACCAGCUUAGUAUCACUGCUUAAAUAGAAUCCAUCAGUCUUAAAUAUUUGUUCCUUGGAUGUGAAUGUGUGCAGAAGGGUAAAUAGAUCUUCCAAGGGGGAGGGGGAUCUCAAAAGCUAAAACUUUUAAAGGAAAGUAGAAAGCAAAACUGGAAUUUCCAGACAGAUUGGGGGUUGACGUCAACCCAACAAACCCUUUGAGGGAGGGGUAUGAUUAUUUGCUGGAGCAACACAACAUAUGAUGCCAAAGAAAAGUGAUUUGAGAAAUUUUAAAGCAAGGUAUUAAAAGUUUGCAUUAAUCCCUAGUGGUUUAUCAAGGAGCAAAGAAAGUGAAAGUAAUAUCACUAAUUUCUUUGUUCUUGUAACUGAACAAUGCCCAUCCUUCAUUGUAGCCUUGUUAACAGCUGUUAUCUGGGUUGUCAUACAACACCUCUAAUUGGUGGGAAAAAGUGUUGUGUCUCAACAACAAUAUAACUGUUACAUAUGAGAGGACAUUGCCACUCUGGAUAUUUUCUUAACAGUUUCAAAGUCAGUAGCAACAAGUUAUUGCCCUUGACAAAGCAAACCCAGUUACCACAAUAUUUUCAAUCGACCAAACAAUCAAUCUAAUCUCUCUUUGGACAGGGUAAUAUCCAUUUAUCCAAAUUUCAAUAAAAUGCAUCAGUUCUAUACUGAAAAUUUAAGUUUGCAGGUUAUCAUUUUUGAGACAAAAUAUUCUUUCUUAAAGACUUGCAUAAAAUUAAAAAAAUUCAAUGUAAAAAGAAAGUUGUCUGUUCGGGAGAAUUUUUAAUAUAUUACUCAUGCCAGCAAGAUAAUUUUUUUUUUGUAGGGGGAGGGGGUGGCAAAUGAAAAUGACUUUCAUGCUACCCCAUCCUAGGGCAAGCUGGUAAAGAGAUUUUCUUUGAACCCUUCGAUAAUGAAGGAGAGGUUUUCAGCUUUAUUUGCAUUUGAUUAACUAUAAAUUUAACACAUUUCCCACUCCAAAAUAGAGAUUUAUUUUAGUCUGAAAAGUUAAAUUACUUAUUUUAGAGUGUGGUUGCCACUUAAAAAUAUAAACAUUAAAACGGCUUUGGAGUUGGUGGAUUGUGAUUACAAGCUCAUAUUCUGCCACAAGUACUUGUCUGAGCAUUUAAGUUGUUUUUCAAAAGUUGCAAGCAUUCUUGAGCGUCAAGGAACUUUAGUAAGCACUGAAUUUUUUUUUGAAAAAAAAAAAAUAAUAAUAAUAAUA